AUGCACAAGGCUGCAGACAUGCGGCUGCAGCAAGCGCUGGAGUCGGAGCAGCAGGCGCGGCGCGAUGCUGAAGCGAAGGUCUUGAAGACCUUCGACGAGCGGACAGCCCUGCUGCGCGAGGAGAUCGCUCGCGAAGGACGCUCGCGGGCAGAAGCCGAAGCUGCACUUCGCCGAUACGUCGACGUGGACAUCCCCAAGCUCUAUGAGAGCUUACGAGAAGAGGCGCAGUCCCGCGAGACCAUGGAAGACCGGAUCGUCAGGCGGGCCUCCGAGGAGAUCGCGCGACUCCAGGAGGCCAUCCUCACGGAAAAGAAAGCCCGAGAGGACACCGAGGAGGCCCUGCUGCGGAUGAUGGAGGACACGGUGGCGAAGAUGAGAGCAGAGAUCGCCCAGGAGCGGGCGGACCGGGAAACAACCGAGGAGACGCUCCUCAAGCUGCUGGAGGAGACGUGCAACAAGCUGAACGCAGCCUCGCAGGUGCUGUGA